AUGCACUUCACCACCACCGCCAUCCUCGCCUUCACCCUCCUCACCACCACCUCCCUCACCACCGGCAACGCCAAACGCCAAGCCCCCCUCCUCUGCAGCGGCGCCUCCGCCACCCCAAACUGCUGCGCCGUCAACGUCCUCAACCUCGCGGACCUGCAGUGCGCAGACCCCGUAGUUGGUCGCCGAGAGGUGAUGAGGACGGGAAAAGUUGGUCGAUGGGGAAUAGGAAGUGGGAGAAUGCAUAUGGAGAUGAGCGCGUAUGAGUCGUUUGGCAGAAUAUCAAAGUGGGUGGUGUGA